AUGGUGAAGGCACGGAAAAAUAUUGAGAAUAUGGAAAUAUAUGAUUACAUGAAGGAGAUGGACGCAAAGAUAUGGGAAUAUUUAUUUGAUGACUCAUUAGCACAUGAAACAAUAUUUAACUCACUAAAUGAAUUAGAGCAAAUUAUAAUAUCUAGACUAUUGUUUAUUCAGCAAGUAGUUUCAGAAAGAGCUAUGAGAUUAUGGAUUAAUCCGAAUUUUUUGAAAAAAUUAAGUGAGAGUAUAAAAAAUUUAGUUGAUGUUAAAAUAUUAGUUGAAAGUGAAACAAAAAAAGAUAACUAUAACCAAUAUAAAAUAAAUGAUCGAUUCAGAUUAACAUUAUUAAAUAAAAUAUAUCAAAAUGAUAAAAAUAAUAUUUUUAUAUUUAAUAAUAAUAUAAAAGUCCAACUAAAUAAAGAAAAAGAAUUAUAUGAAAAAAAAUUAUUUCCUACAAAAGAAGGUAUUCUAUGUUAUGCUAGUACAAGAUGGAAUACUCUCUUGCAUUUUAUUGCAUCACCAAAUUUGAAUAGUUAUAAAUAUAGUCAUAGUUAUAGUGGUAGUUAUGCUAGUACAUACCCACACAGUAGUAGUAUCCAUGGUGGUAUAGAAUCCCCUAUAAAAACUGAGAUGGGGGCUUCAAUCGAUGGAAAUAAUGUUCAUUCUUAUGGAGGAGAUUAUUCUUAUAAUAAUAGUUUGAAAAGUGUAAAAAUGGAAAAAGGAAACUAUUAUCCCACUCAAACUAAAAAAAGCAAAAAAAAUAAUGAAGACAGUGAUGAAGAAUAUCAGCCAUAUGGUGAUGAAAUGUAUGAUGAAGAAAAUUAUGGUAAUGAAUCAUUUUCACAAAGAAGGAAAUAUAAAAAUUAUGGAGAAUAUGAAAACACAGGAAAUGAUUCAGAAUACGACGAAGAUGAAGGUUAUGACGAUGAAACAAAUGAGCAAUACGACAAUCAAACACGAAAUAAAUAUUCACAACAUUAUAAUGACAUUGAAAAUAGUACUAGUGGUAAAUAUUUAAACACAAGAAUGGGUAAUAAAGAAAAUGUAAAUUUAUAUGAUCCGAAUAAAAAAAGAGAUGGAAGGCGAGGGAGAAAGAAAAAAAAAGGAGUAUAUGCAUAUAAACAAAAUAAUUUAUAUUAUAAAAGUCUUCAAAGUAGAGAAAAUAAUAAUAUGGAAGAAGAAAAUAAUGAUUUUUUUUUUUCUUCAUCAAAUAUUAAAAAAGAAGAUUUGUUAGCAUGUGCACCAUGUGGUAGUUUGAUAGAAGUUUUGAAAAAAAAAAAAUUUAUACUUGAUGAUGUAAAUAAUAGUUCGAAUAUUGCUAAUAAUAACAAUAAUAAUAAAACAAUAAAUAUGAGUAGAGAAGCAUUUUCAUGGUUUUUAAAAGAUAUAAGAAGUAGAAUAAUAUCUUUAGUUAUUGAAUAUUUGCUAAUAAUUGAUGAUGGGCAUGUAACAAACAUAGGUAAGCAAAAUUCAGCUAAACAUAAAAAAAAAAGUAAUUCAGAAAAUGCGACUUCUAAUGAUGGAAAUGAAGCUUUACCAAAUAGUUCCAUCUCAAAUACUCUUAUAAAUGAUUAUAACAAUAAUGAUAAUAUGAAUAAUAAUGUGAAUGGAGGAGAGUGGGGUACUAACAACGAAGAUAUGAAUAAUGUAGAUGGUGUAAAUAUGAGCGCAAAAGAUACACAAGAUUAUAUAACAGAUCUAAAUAAAAAUUCUCAAAAAUCGGAAAUAUAUAUAAAAGAAACAUUAUUAUUAAUUUUAUCAUUAACCCAAUGUAAUAUUGGUCAACCAAUAUUUUUAGAAAACUUAACAAAAGCUCAAAAAGAAUUUGUAGAUUUUGGUAUACAUAUAGGUUUAUUUUUAAAAACACAUGAUAGUUAUAUAUUUAUAACACCAUAUGCAUUAUUAUUAACAAUAAAUAAUUUAAAUGUUGAAAAUUAUAUAUCUAUAUUAAAUCAUUUAUCUGUAGAAAAAUUUUGUGAAGAAUCUGGUUAUAAUAAUAAUGAAGAUGAAAAUAUUAAAAAAAAAGCAAAAUUAAGUGAAAUAUAUUUUCAUAAAUAUUUAUUAAUACAAAAUACGGUUCGUGUGAAAAGUGAGCCAUUAAUGGAUGAGGACGAGAAAAAAGAUUUGAAAAAAUUUGAAACAAAAAAUUAUAUUUCUCAAGACAUAACUAAUCAUAAUAUACAUUCAGAAAAAAGACUAAAUGAAAAUGAUAAUUUAGAAAUAGGAUUAAUUAUUCAGAGUAAUUUUAAAGUUUAUUUAUAUACUUCGUCAAUUUUAAAAAUAAAUAUUUUAAGCCAUUUAUGUGAACUACAAGCAAGAACACCAAAUAUGGUUGUUGGUAUAUUAACAAGAAGAAGUGUGCUAAAUGCAUAUAAUUCAGAUAUUACUGCUGAUCAAAUUAUUAAAUUUUUAGAGUCUUAUUCACACCCUGGGAAAACAAAAUUAAAAAGUAUAAUACCAAUUAAUGUUAUUACUCAGCUUAAAUUAUGGGAAGCUGAAAGACAUCGAUUAACAUUAGAAGAUUCUAUUGUUUUUAAAAACUUCGAAAAAGAAUAUUUACCACAUUUAUAUCAACAAAUUGUUAUUUGGGCUAAUAGCAAAAAUUAUUUAUUACAUUAUACCCCUUGGCCAAAAAAUACAAAUUCCCCUGAAUUUGAUGCAUGGAUGAAAACAGAAAAAUAUCUAUGCUGUAUAUAUGAAUCUAAAAAUGAAAUUAUUGAUAAGAUAAAAGAAAUUCGUGGUAAGUUAAUGAAAAAGCGUCAAGCAAUAUGA